AUGUAUAUAUAUGAAAAUUACACGGAUCAUACCUUUGAAAUGGCUAGAAUUAAUAGAAUAGUUUUUAUUUCUGUGUUUGCUACGAGUAUAUACUGUGGAAUGUUCGCUGACAUUGGAAAAAAAAUUAAAGAUAGUGCUUCAAUCUCUGCUGAAUUCGGCAAAGUUAAAGAUCGGAUAGAUGGCGCUUCUAAAAGUCUUCUUAAAAACUUUAAAAAUGAAGACGAAGUGGAGCCUGCCAAUCCUCCUACUGAUUCUGAGGAAGACUAA